AUGCGGAUCCGCAGCAUCAGCAUCCUGCUGGGCGCUGCCCUCCUCCUGUUGGCACCCAGCGGCACCCAGGCUCUGAGCCUCGCCAGGAGGAAGGACCUGGCGGCAGUGCAGGAUUUGGACAAUGAAAUCAUCCUGGGCAUAGGAGCUGUGGAGUCACCAGAGAAGGGUGAACUCUCUAAACAGGUGGUGCCAGGUAUAAAGGUCUUCUCCAGCAGUGCCUGGGCUCAGCAGGGCCAGCCCCAAGUCCAGGCAGGACCAGAGGAGGACCGUGACCACCUCCAGCACCCCCAGGAUGAUGCCAGGGAGGCUGAUGCCCUCAGGCUGCCAUGGAUGAUGUCCCUGGAGGUGCAGAAUGGCCCAGAGGAGGACCGCGACCACCUCUACCACCCCCAGGAUGAUGCCAGGGAGGCUGAUGUCGUCAGACAACCACGAAUGCUGUCCCUGGAGGUGCAGAACGGCCCGGAGGAGGAUCGUGACCAUCUCUACCACAGCUGA